AGCAUGAGGAGCCCUUUGACCUCGCACUGACGGCACACACCAGCUAUACCCCCAACCUUAUUUCCUUCUGAAACAGAGGACUUUGAACUCCGCCAGUCAGUGUUUGCUCCUGUCAGUGGUGAGCUGCAGACUGCGGAGGGCUGACAAGCUCAGGAUGGCAGGGGAGUGUGUUCCCUACGAGGGUCCAGACCUGAAGGAGAAGGGCGAGGAGGAACUGUGGGAGCUGAUAAACGACAACCGCCACCGCAUCUCGUUAGGGGUGCGGCCAUGCAUCCUGAUCCCGUACCUGAGGCAGGCCAGGGUGCUCACGGAGAUGGACGAGGACGAGAUCCUCUCCUGCCACAACCUCACCAACCGCAGCAUGAGAACCAGCUACAUGCUGGAUUUGCUGAGGACUCAGGGCAGGAAUGGCGCUGUGGCUUUACUGGAGGGCUUGAUGAUCCACUACCCCACCCUGUACACCCAGGUCACCGGACGCAAACCCAGCACUGAACCUUCCAGAUUCAGCGGCUUGAUAAAGUACUCUGAGUUGACGGAGUAUCUGGUGAGAGCGGUGACAGGGAUGCAGAAGGAGCUCCAGGAGGCGCGUCGGGAAGCCGGCAGAGUGACUGCUCGCUGCACCUCCCUGGAGUCCGAGAUCGGGCAGAUGAUGGAGCAGGAGGAGAAAUCGAGAUGCAUCCAGGCCGAAAGUGAACGCAUGCGGAGACAUUUGUGCUCUUUGCAGCACGAGGUCACAAAGCUGAAGGAUGAGAGGUGCGACUUGUACGUGCGCUACACGGCAGCCAUCGAGGAGAAAUCGGCUGUGAACAAGCGCCUCCAUGACCUCAACCUGCAGGUGUACCAGCUGCAAACUGAGCUGCAGAAGGUCCAAAUGGAGAAUAAGUUCCAGAAGCAGUGCUCGCUGAGGCGGGCCUCUCUCGCCGAGACACCACAACUGCAAGAGGAAGUGCGGAGACUCCAGUGCCAACUGGUGAAGGCGGAAAAACUGGACCCAGCUCGUCAGGACAUCCUGGCCCAGGACCUGGCUGAGGCCAUAGACAGCCAGGUGGAGCUUGCUGAGCAGCUCAGGUGUUACAGAGAGGAGAACGAACAGCUGCACAGGGAGAAGCAAGGGUUCAUGGACCAGACCGAGUGCCUGGGCCUUCAGGUGAAGCAGUUAACCCUGGACUGUAACAUACACCAGCAGAAGAGCACCAUGAUCCACAAUCAGUUGAAGGAGCUGCAGGCAGAGAGAGACCAGGCGUACCUGUCCAGAGACGAGGCCCAAACCAUAAUCGCCCGCAUCCUGGCCGAGAAGGACACCCUGAGGUGCCAGCUGGUGGAGCUCCAGGAGAGGGUCUUCAGCCUGCAGGCCAAACGCAGCCCCAGAAGGCAGCAGCAGAGCUCGGAGGAGUCGGAGGUCGGCUGGGAGAGCCCGAGGUCCAGCUGUGACGAAACCCCGCGCCAAAACAGACGCAAACUUCGUCGCAUGGACGCAGUCAAUCCCAUGUCACUGAGUUCCUGGCAGUCAGAGAGUGAAGAUGCUGCUUUGUGUAGUGUCCGAUCCCGAAACGCAGAGCCGCCCAGUUCAGAUUCCCUGCGCAGAAGGGAGGAAACUAUACACGCAGACGGCAGUUUUGAAACAGCAGACACUGAUUCUUUAUCGGAAGACUUUGUGUUCCUCCCCACGGUGGGGAGUGAGGACGUGCAGACACUCAGGCAAUGCUCUCCUAAUGGCUCCACCUCCGACAGCCUGUCACGACCCUCAGCCCCUCCUUUCCUCAUGCGCACCCGUCCGAAAGCUAUUCGCAUCAGCGGCCGUGUUCUCAGCAUCUCCUUCCAGGCGGAGGCAAUGCUCAGCCAGCUGGCAGUGGUAGGGGGAAACAAGACAGGAGUGUUUGUGCACCAGGUGACAGAAGGGAGUGCUGCCCAUACGGUUGGCAUCAGCCCAGGGGCACAGAUCGUGGAGGUGAAGUACGAGCAGAACCAGAAGGCUCUGAGGAUGGUGCUGGAGGACUCCACUUUGGAAGAAGCUAUGUGGGCACUUGGUCAGGUUACAGGCCUCUGCCACCUCUCUCUGCGCCCCAGGCAAGAUGACUAUGAGACGCUGCUGCAGCAGCUGCAGAACACUGUGAUAUCAUCGGGAGAUUCCUUCUACGUACGCGUCAACAUGUCUCUGUCUGCGGGCCCCAGCGCAACCCUGGCUGUGUCCUGCAACGACAUCCUGCAUGUGACCAACACGCGACCCACCGGCACAGAGGACUCGUGGCAUGCCAGCCAAGUUCACCCCUCCCAGCUACUGGACCUCCAGAGUGGAACGUUACCCAACUAUUACAGAGCACAGAGACUUCUGAUCCGAGCUAUUGAGGACAUGAGCUUUCAAACAAAGAAAUCUCUCAAAGAGGCCCAGAAUAAAGACAAGGCAGUGAGAAUUGUGAGCACUGGGCGCCAGGGAAGGAACCCGCUGUGGGUCAGCGUGGAGGAUGAAAACUCAGGUGAUACAUCUGCACCCAAAAGUUGUGUCACCCUAAUGCCCUACACCCUGGUCACCCCGCACUACCCACCCAUCUGCCGACCUGUCCUGCUGCUGCCCACCGUCCUGGGACGCAUUCUAGACAAGAAGCUGGCAGGGUGGCAGGGCUUUCAACUCUGUCAACCUGAGAAGCUGAGCUCCUGUGAGCACGCAGCCCGGCUCCAGAGGUCUGAGAUCCUGGAGGAGUGUGAGCAGGGAAGAAACCGCUGCUACACCCUGCAGAGUGUCGAGAAAGUCAUGAAGAAGGGGAUUCACUGUGUGCUGCCACUGGGCCUGGACUGUGUGCGCCGGCUGCACCGGGCCGAGAUCUUCCCCAUCAUCAUCUUCGUCCGCCUAUCUACACGGAGUGCACGUAAACUGAGGUCAAAACUGCAGCGCCACAGCCAGUGGGAUGAGCAGCUGCUGGCGUGUUCAAGGAGCGAGGAGCCGCUGCUGGACAAGCUGCCGUGUCUGUAUCACACGGUGGCUUCAGACUCCUGGUGUGACCAGACGUCCCUGCUGACCCGCCUGCGCACCAUCAUCUGGGAAGAGCAGAAGAAGAUUGUCUGGGUGGAGCCUGACCUGUGGUGAAAGGGAGGACAGAAGAAAAAGAAUUUUAGAAAACAGAAAAUGUAAAGAAGAAAAACACAACAAGGAAUUAUCAUUUUAAAAGGGCUUUUUUUUUGUUAUAGUAUUGAGUAUAUAUUUGUACAAUAGAAGACUUUUACAAGUCACAAUAUCUUGGAGUAUGUAUCUGUGAUACUGAGAACAUUUAGGACUCUGACAAUGUGAUAUAGACAUGAGAAUACAUUUAUUCAUCAUUUACUUUACCCAAACAUUUUCUGUAACCAGCGCUGCCUGCCUCCUGUUGUGAGGUCUUUUGUUUCAAGCAAACACAGGUGUGAGGUGUUCAUUACGAAAACACAAACAUAGAUAGAAACAUACUGCAAUGUAAAGUAUGUACUUUGUCGCUUACCCGCUUCUCUUCAAUAUGCUGUAGAUCAUUUCCCACUUCUUUCAGUGCUCUGCAUCUGUCAUAACUAUUUCUAGAAUUUCAUCUGAGUGCUACAGCUUGUUGUUAUUUACAUUUGUUUAUAAAGAUAGAUUAGAGAUUGUAAGGAGAAAUGUAGAGAAGACUCAUUAUAUAUAGUACUGGUCAGUAAAAUGUCAACAUGUCGGUCACCAUAUCUGUUCUUCCACAGUAGGUUAACAAGACUUUAGAAUGAAACUCAACCGACCAUGAUCUGUGUCCUGUAUGUUGGGAUCAUGACAGAUGUUACUUUAAUUCAGACAAGGAGCUCCCCUCUCCACUCUGGAUGUCCCAUUCCUCUUCUCCAUGGUGCUGCCACACAUCCAUUGGAUUUUCACGAAACAUGUCAGAACAUGGCUUUGGAUUUCUGUUGUCAGUUUCUGCUCAAUAGUCUUUGGUCCCUAUGUGUCCACAUUUUAAGAAUGGGGUGAUAUUUAAAUGGUUUACAUUCAUUCAGGUUUGAAGAUCAUCAUCACCAUGUCACACCAUCUUGUCUAUUCACUCCAUGCCUAUUUUCCAUCUUAAUUUAAACAUAUUUGUAUAGAGUCAUUAUGAAACAUCAUAGAAGAGCUCAGAUGAAUCAGCUAAUCUAAACUUUUAUUUUUCAGUUUCAGAACUUUAUGAACAUGAGUUCAUCAGACCUAAAUUCGUUUGAUUUGAAAUGAAUGAAGGUUCUGUUUUAUUAGGAGACUUCCCAGUAUACAUUGCUCGAGAGACCCUUCGUUUUUGUGGUUUGAUGUGAAGAACACAUGAUUAGCUAUGUGUCUUUAAUACACAUAGCAUAAGGUUAGGUGAUAUUAAUGAAAAAACAAUUCAAACCAUGAGAAAUCCAAAUAAAAAAGCUUUCAUAAGUAUUCCAUUCUCA